AACCAUGAAGAGGAAGUAAAAGGCCUACAAGCCCAGAUUGCCAACUCUGGGUUGACAGUGGAAGUAGAUGCCCCCCAGUCUCAAGACCUCAGCAAGAUCUUGGCGGACAUCGGGGCUGAGUAUGAACAACUGGCUCAGAAGAACCGAGAGGAACUGGACAAGUACUGGACCACGCUGAUUGAGGAGCUCACCAUAGUGAUCGCCUCACAGUCUACUGAGAUUGGAGAUGCUGAGAUGAGGCUUAAGGAGCUGAGGCGUCCAGUCCAGUCCUUGGAGAUUGACCUGGACUCAUUGAGAAAUCUGAAGGCCAGAUUCUGUUUCACCUUCAGACCUUGGCUUGAUUCCUACUACCUGUACCAUAUUGUUACAGCAGUAGUUACACCAAUUGUCUGGUUGGGGUUAUUGUUCGACUCCUGCCGACAUAGGCAAUGGUAA